CACGGACUUCGGAGUAAUUUUUGGUGAAAUCAAAACAGAAAAUGUGGUUCGAAAUCCUGCCAUCGUUUGGCAUUAUUACGGCCGUUUUGUCCGUGCCUGGAUUUGCCCUUUAUGGCCUGCAUAAGCUGUCGCUGGAUAACGCCUACAGACGUAAUACAGACGAAAGAUGGGACCGUGUGAUGUACACCCGAGACAUGCGGUUGACCGGAAACCCAUACAAAGGCAAUGGACUUGAAACUAUUCCGGAUAAGUAAGAAGUGUCCCGCGUAGAGAGGGGGAUGUAUUCAAUGUAUCGUUGGCUGGCGUAGAAUAAAUCAAUCAGUUUAAUGCGCGGUUAAA